AUGCGCAAACUGUCGCCGAAUUUCACAAUCAGAUCUUCUGCCAAGUGCGCACGUGACCAUCACUCCCGAGUCAUGUCCGACGAGACCGAGGUGUUCAAGCGCCUGCCGACGUGUGUGGUGCCGGAGAAGUAUCACGUGGAUUAUGAGCUCAUCGACCUCCUUAACUUCCGUUUCGAAGGCUCCGAGCGCGUCGUGCUGCGUGUGGAUGAAGAAACGUCCGUCAUCACCUGCCACGCCGUCGAACUCUACGUCUUCGACGUAUCCGUAGAGGACGCAGCCUCUGGGAAGACGCAGGAGGCGCAGCAGAUCACGUACCAGAGCAAGGACGACUCGGUCUCCUUCCACUUCGCCGAGCCGCUGACGCCCGGCUCAACUGUGACGCUCAAGCUCCAGUUUCACGGCUUCCUGAACGACCAGCUGCGUGGAUUCUACCGUACCGAGUACAUGCACCAAGAGGAGAAGCGUGUGCUCGCUGUCACGCAGUUCGAAGCUUGCGACGCUCGUCGAGCCUUUGUGUGCUGGGACGAACCAGCUUUGAAGGCCACAUUCAAGAUGUCCAUGGUCACCGAGACCGACCUCGUGGCUCUGUCCAACGCCCACGUCGUAGAGACGCUCGUGAGACCCAAAAAGAACGCGCAUAUCCGCAAGAAGACGCGGCCAGAAGUGGGUGGAGCGAUGGAGAAGCUCUGGAGGUUCGCAGAGUCGCCGGUGAUGUCGACGUACCUCGUGGCGAUGGUGGUGGGGGAGUUUGAUGUGAUCUCAGACUUAACCAAGGAAGGCGUCGUGGUCAACGUGUACACGGCGCCAGGGCAGAGCGCGCGUGGCCGAUUCGCGCUGGAUGUGGCGACCAAGGCGCUGUCGUUCUUCUCGGACAGCUUUGGGAUCUCGUAUCCUCUCAAGAAACUGGAUAUGGUGGCGAUCCCUGACUUCCUGGGGGCUAUGGAGAAUUGGGGGCUGGUGACGUAUACGGAGACGUUCUUGUUGGUGGACCAGAAGCUCAGCAGUCACGAGAUUAAGGCUGAUGCGGCACGUGCUAUCUGCCACGAACUAUCCCACCAAUGGUUCGGCAACUUAGUGACGAUGGAAUGGUGGACGGGACUGUGGCUGAACGAGGGCUUUGCGCAGUUCAUGGAGUUUGAUGCAGCCCAUUACAUUUUCCCAGAGUGGAAGCUCUGGGAGACGUUCGUCCAGGAUAUUAUGCUGGGCUCUGCGUUCGUCAAGGACGCUAUGGUGUCUUCUCACCCGAUUGAGGUGGUUGUGCAUCAUCCUGAUGAAGCUGACGAGAUCUUUGAUGCCAUUUCGUACCAUAAGGGCUCCAGUAUGGUGCGCAUGCUGUCGGAGUAUCUCGGUCGUGACGCUUUCUACCGUGGUGUACAUGACUAUCUGGUGAAGUUUAGUUAUAAGAACACAGUGACGGAGGACUUGUGGGAGGCGCUGGAAAAGGUCUCUGGACAGAAGUUGAAGGCCAUGGCGGACACGUGGACCAAGCAAGUGGGUUUCCCUUUACUGACGGUUAAACAGGACGCAGACGGCAAGUGCGUUCUCGUCCAGGAGCGUUUCUUCUCUGAUUCGAGUCUUAACGCUGGCGACAACACGUUGUGGGACAUCCCGCUGACGUACUGCACGUCGGAGGACCCCAGCUCUAUCAAGCGUCUUGGCAUCUGGAGCCCGAAACCUAAGCAAUCGACACCCACGACGCCCUAUACAGCUGAUGACGAGAUCAACAAGCAGAUUCAAGUGCCGACAGGACCUAAGAGCUGGAUCAAGCUGAACCCGAACCAAGCAGGUUUCUAUCUCGUCAACUACUCUCCUGCUCUAUGGAAACGUCUGGAGAUCCCUGUGACGGAGCAGCUUCUUGGGGUUCCCGACCGUGUUAGUCUCCUAAGCUCCGUGUUCGCAUUUGCUCGAGCCGGUGUGUUGGACCUUUCGGUAGCUUUGGACUUUACGAAUGCGUAUGUCGACGAGUCCGCUUCUUUGUGCUGGAAGGAGAUCUCGCGUAACAUGGGCUAUUACUCGAACCUGUUCCGUGAUGAGCCCUUCUACCCGGAGCUCCAGCGCUACAUCCGUACACUGUUUGCGCAUGUGAUGAAGCGGUUGGGGUGGGAUACUGACGCGUCCAAGCAAGCGGAUGCCGACGAAGGAGAGUUCCGUAAGACGGUAAUCUACCGCUUGGGUCUGGCUAAUGACCAGGACGUCAUCAAAGAAGUCAAGACGCGCUUCCACGAGUACAUCGCUGGCGAUGCAACGGCUCUUACCGGUGACCUACGUGGCUCCGUGUUCGACAUCGAGGUGACGCAUGGAGAAGCGGCUAAUGCGAAGCUGCUGCAGGAGCUGUACAAUAAGAGCGACUUUGCUGAGGAACGAAACGACUGCCUGAGUGCUAUGGGCUCUGUCUCGAGUACAGUCGCUAAGCUCCAAGUCUUGGACUGGGCGGUGGACAAUGUGCGCUCGCAGGAUAUUCACUCUCCGUUUAUCAGUGUGGCCAGCGACAAAGUGGGCGUUCAGGUUGCAUGGCAGUACGUGCAAGACAAGUGGGACGUACUGUCUAAGAAGUACUCGGCUAUGACGCUAGGCUACAUCGUGUGCGGUGUGGUGUCUCGCUUCCAAAGCGAAGCCAUGGCUGUGGAGGUCGAGGCCUUCUUGGCGGACAAGGAAACGUCCGGAUACAAGCGUCGUCUCGAGGUGGCUCUAGAAGGAGUACGUCUCAAGAGCGCCGCGUACUGUCGCGACCGUGAAACGCUGGCCAAGUGGCUGAAGGAAAGAGCCGUUUAA